GCCUGUGGCCUGCCAAAGUAUUGUGCCCAAGGUAAUCGUCACUUGGUAGUGGCACAUGCUGCCAGCUGCCCACAACUGGAGACUUGUCGGAUGUCGCAGGCCCAAGCUUCCGAUUCCAGCCCGACCUUUUUCGAAACACCUAGAUGGGAUUUCCCAGACGUCAUUUUUUUUUCCCUCGCCGUCGACACUCCUACACCGUCUUCAUCCUACCACGUCUGGACUACGAGGGCACGCAGCCACCACGAACGAACGAGCGUCUCAAUAUGGCGGCCAGCGUCGAUGCGAAGCUCUUGCGGGCAACCAAGUUCCCUCUCGAGUUCAAUCAGAAGGUUGACAUGCAAAAAGUCAACCUUCAGGUCAUGAAGAAAUGGAUCGCGGGCAAGAUCUCCGAGAUACUAGGAUCCGAGGACGAUGUCGUCACCGAGCUCUGCUUCAACCUGAUUGAGGGAUCCCGAUUCCCCGAUAUCAAAUCUAUGCAGAUACAGCUCACUGGUUUCCUCGACAAAGACACCGCCUCAUUCUGCAAGGAUCUCUGGAAGCUCUGCCUAAGUGCCCAGUCUAGUCCGCAGGGCGUCCCCAAGGAGCUGCUAGAGGCUAAAAAGAAGGAACUCAUACAAGAGAAGAUUGACGCAGACAAGGCCGCUGAAGAAUUGCGAAUCCGACGAGAAACCCGGGAACGCCGCGACCGCGAGCUGUCGGAUAUUCGAGAUCGGGAGCGUCGCGACCGGGGCUUUCGCGGCGGACGUGGCGACAAUUGGCGCGGCGGGAGGCGCGGUGGCGACCGAGCCUUCGGGGCCCGUGGGAGGGGGUUUGGUCGAGGCGGCGACCGAUCCUCAUCGCCACCGCGACGCGAACGAGACCCAUAUCACGGCAAUCGCGACCGCGACCGCGACCGUGAUCGCGACCGUUACGUGCCCCGAGACCGUCGCGGGAGCCGACAAGAGCAUCGACGUGGCCGCCCUCCUUCCCGCUCCGCGAGCUCCAAUUCGAGGGAUUCUGCAUCACGUUCCCGAUCACGCAGCACGGUUAGUGGCCGUAGCAGACGUGCUAGCCCGCGUGUUAGCCCUCGAUCUGCCAGCCCACCGCGCCGCCGAUCCAGAGGACGCCGGUCACCACCUCGCUACCGGGGCCUGGCAAAGCGAGACCGGUCUCCGGGUCGAGCGAGAGAUUACAGGGCUCGCAGAGACGAGCGCGGAAGGAACACUUCGUCAGUAGGCAGCGUUAGCAGAUCUGACGACAGCAGGUCGCGCUCUCCGGCCCCGAAGAGGCGCAGGUACUCCGACUCGCCUAGCCGCUCGCGGUCUCCCGCCCGCCGAGACACGCGGCGGCUCAGCCGCUCGCCAUCCUAUUCACGAUCACGGAGCCGCAGCCCCGGACGACGGCCAGUCCGCGAGCUCAUCAGCCGCAGCCCCUCGCCUGGCCGUCGCGGGAGGCUGAGACGGUCUUCGACGCACAGCGCAAGCUCGCGGGGGUCGUCGAAGGGCGAGAGGCAGUCACGACAAAGAAGCCGAUCCCAGAGCAGAGAGGAUAGCAAGACGAGAAGAGACGUCCCCUCGAGAAAGCGGAGACCUUCUGCCAACUCCCCUCGUACCCGUGAUAGAUCAGCUGAUGUUUCGGAAGAUGAUGACAGACCCCCAUCCCCAAGACCCGGCGCGGCCUCGAAGGCCGAUGAGAACAAGACGCCUCAGCAACGGGCCAAUGAGCUACGCGAAAAGCUUCUGAAGGAGCGAAUCAAGAAGAUGAGAGGCACCUCAAGUAGCGACAACGUCAAGGGGCGAGGCUAAUCUUCCUAGACUUGCAGGGCCUGCAAAUCCGGUCAGGGUCGUGAUAGGUUGCGGAAGCCCAGUUUCUGACUCUGGUCCCCCUGGUAUUGGCUCUCGAGGUUAGUCACAAGUUCGCUUUGCGUUUGAGCUCAUCGAGAUACGGCAUCCCAGAUAGAUGGAUAGAUGAUCGGAUAAUACUAGCAUUUCCACCAAACGUCGGGUCGUUGCAAGGAUCUGCAGGACGUACGCGGGUGCAAUUAGGGGGUUUUUUUUUUCUCUUAUUUAUUUUUCUUAAAAGCAUCUGCAGUACCAAAAUUUUUAUUUGCACGACAAGGACGGUAGUCUGUUUGGCAGACGAGAAUGUUGGCCCAUGCUAUAAGCGGUUGCCAACGUAUGACAUGGACCGCGACGAACCUACACGUAGCAUGUGCAGCUUCAUGAUGGCGUCGUGAACCACCUACGACACCUACCUACCGACCUACCUACCCUAUUUUUCUCUACCUCAGUAGUUCUCUUUGGUGCCUGUCUGUCUCAGAUGGCAGAGCGCCGGCGUGGGAGAAUCGGAAUAGAAUUACGUAGAUGGCCUGUCAUCCUUUCCUACUAGGCACCUAAGUAUAACCUGGGUUAGGCCGGCACCUACAAGCAAAGUCGUAGGUAACUC